AACAGUGAUAGUGCCAAAUCUCAUCCAUUUCAGCAUAGAGGAAAGAGUAGAAAGUGUGCCAACUUUGCUAAAGCUUCCUUUGGCAUCCCACUCUACAAGAUACCCUUUUAGUUUGUGAAGAAUUUUCUGACUUGCAAUGUCACAAUCGGUAGUGUAAAAGGGAAAAAACUUCAGCUUGAACAAAAUUUGAGGUAUUUGCCUGCAGCUUUUCCUACAGAUCUAAGCAUCUUUUUUCAUCAAAAUUUGCACACUUUUUGAAGCAGCUUCAAGUCUUUGGCCUUGAAGCAGUGAGUGUAUUCUGAGUCAAUGAUCAUGGAUAAAGCAUAUAAACAUCAAAUCUGUUCCAUGCUAUGUUCCAAUUUGGUCAUUUUCCCAUCUGUCACCAUGGUUCUUGUUCUGGUCAUAUCAUACUUUUUCUUUUCAACUUCUAAAUCCUUCCCUUUCCUUCUCACAAUACAAAUUGCUCUAUUAUCCACCAUGUUACUUGUCAAACUGAUAAGGAGAAUAAGGGACAAAGAUGAAAAUCUAAUCCAAAAUGGGCUACAGCCUUUGCUGGAUGUUACUCAUAGUGAGGUUAACCAAGAAAGUGGAACUGCAGAGAACCAUGAGGAUGGUGAAUCUGAAGCACAUUCAGACUAUUUAUUUCCAUCAGAUUGUGAAAGCAGCAACUUCUCUAUCAUGGAUGGAACUUUUGAGCUGAAUAUUGAAGACCAUAGGCUACAAGAUGAUUUGCUGUCAGAUUAUUCUCUUCCUUCAGAUAGUGAAAGCAGUGAUGGCUCAAUAUUGGAGGAAAGUUUUGAGAUGCAUCAGAAAGGAAAUCAAAAUGAGGAUAUUUCUGAUAGCUUGGCUUCUGAUGAUUAUGAGGGUGAGGAUGAAGAGGAUAGUCUGAUUGAAAUCAACCUUCCAAGCAGCCACUUUCCUGACUUGAAUGAAGAUCCUAAGCAAAAGGUGCAAUCUAAGUUGCCAGAGUUCAUGCUAGAUUCCAUUUUCAAGCAGCAAGGCCUAAUGGAGCUCUUAGCAGAAUUCAAUGACAUGAAUGAGGAUGAAAACUUGAUUGAGAUUGAUAUUUCCAUGGGAAUGCAGAUUUCAGAUUGAAGCAGGAAUUGGCAUAUUUUGAAGAUGAUUGUGUUCUCAGUGAUUGAUCUAAGUAUUUUAACUUCUUGUUGAUGUUGAGCAAGAUUUUGUUCUUGCUAAUAAACUUGGCAUUUUUAUU